UUGUGUCGACCGCAGCAAUUGUUUAAAUCGGAUUUCGGUUCAAAUUUACCCUCAAUGUACUGAAUUUGUAUAAUACAACUUUUUUGAGUGUGUCAAUUAAGAAAAUGUAUAUGGAAUAAAGACUUGAAUAGUUUCAACAGGUAGCGGACUAUUUGGCGGGACUCGAAAAAAAGUCGUUAUAAAAACAGUACCUGUGCAUUGUUAUUAGCAAACCUCACGAAAUUAAUGAAUGUGCUACUCUGUUUAAGCAGGCAUAUGCUGAUAAUUGGUUAAUAUGAUGUUGGAUACAAACACCGUAAACGCCAUACCUUUCUCUAUGAAAGUGCCUGCCUUUAAUUAUUGUGAAGAAGCACGUCUCCUAGCUGAAACGCCGCUUUCAGAGUUGAGUCCGGAAACAUGCAUUAAACUUUCGGAAAUGUUGAAUGGUCGUAAAAUCUUGAGACAUGCGGGACAUGAUCGUGACUGGCGCGGCAUAGCCGAAUUGGCAAAAGUGCGAAACUUCUGCAGUAACAACUCUGACGAUCCAAUGCAGACUGUGUUAAACCAGUGGACACAACGAAAUGCUGCGGAGGCUACAUGUUUUCAUUUACUGCAUUUUCUUUCUCAAAUCGAUCGGUGGGAUGUGAGUGACGAUAUUUUUACGUUUCUACUGAAAGACGCUCGGCAAUUUGAAAGCAGUAGGUCACAUGCAAAUGUAACAGGUGGUGCACAUACAGAGGGUGUUUCAAUUACUCCAAUUGAAAGUAAUGAACAAGAUUUAGUUAGCAACAAUAUAAAUAGGGAGAAUAAUAGCGAAAGCGAAGAAGGCAGUGACACGGAUAAUGAAGAAAAUGACGAUGGCGGUUCAAGUUCCUCAGCAAGUGCACCGCCAUGUCCGCCACUUAGCCCACCACCGAGCCCGCCACCAAAUCUGGAAUCUCUAAUUGAACGUGUUGAGGAAUUAACAAAUGCAGCAGUGCAGGCGAGAGUAAGCGCUCCAACAACUGCACUGGCCGUGACCGAGACAAUGCCAAUAGCAGUACAAACUCCCAAAACGGUGAUAGAAAAAUAUGAAAGCAAAAAUUAUACGAACGAAGUAAAUCCGCUAACACGCCAAGAUGCCGCGCGUUUACGCAGGGGUUUGCCGUUAACAAAAUACGAUGCAUUUGUACUGUACGCCGAACCCGAUCAGCAUUACGCCAACGAAAUGCAGCAAAAGUUAGAAAAAUACACCGAAUAUAAUUUCCAGCUUGUGUUUAAAAACCGUGACUUGCUCGGUGGCACUUUUUUUCACGAUGCGGUGACGGAGCUCAUGGAGGAUCGCUGUAACUACGUACUGCUAAUUGUAACGCCAAAUUUUAACCGUGACUACGAGAGUUGCUUCUUUUUCAACAACGCGCAAACAUUGCAAUUGCAGGAAAAUCGUCGCAAAAUUAUACCACUACUCUACGGCUUACAGUUACCGCGUCGUUUACGUGGUCUGCAUACGCUCAAAUACUAUAGUGAACAUUUUUGGGAUCUUUUGGUCGAUUCCUUAAGCAUGAAAGAAUUGCCGCCACUCACAAAAACCGAAGAAUAUAAUCACGAUAUGCCAGCGCUACCAAGUAUGCCCAAACCACCAGGCGCACCAAUAGCAGCUGCUGACGAAAAUAAAUGCCAAGCAAAACCAAAAACUCAAACCACUGCUGAUAAAAGCGCCGGCAAAAAGAAAUUUUUGAAGAAGCCCGAAUGGAUAAAGAAGAACAAAGUGCAGCAAUAACUCAAAUUGUGCCUGAAUUUAGCAACAGAGAGGCCUGUGCGCAUUUACUUGCCAAUUUUAAAGAAACCAAAAAUUAUACACAUACCUAAGUAUGUACAAUGAGCUUAACCGUUGUUUGCCAUGUGUAGUGCCUUUUUCUAAUAAUAUGUGCAGCCUAUAUUUUGUAGCUUAGUUUGUUUGUUGUUAAAAAUCGUAUCUCAUAGUUUUAGUGCAAAAAUAUCGAAUGAAAUAUACCUAAAUAUGUACUUAAAAAGUC